CGGAAUUCCACCUCAUGCAGCACCUCCCGCCCGGAGAGAGGCACCGGGGGACACUGGGACCCAAGAGCAAGGCCAAGUGCGAGAUCCUGAUGAUGGUGGGGCUCCCGGCCGCAGGGAAGACGACGUGGGCGGUGAAGCACGCGGCCGCCAACCCCGGCAAGAGAUACAACAUCCUGGGGACAAACGCCAUCAUGGACAAGAUGAGGGUGAUGGGACUCCGCAGACAGCGUAACUACGCGGGCCGCUGGGACGUGCUGAUCCAGCAGGCCACGCAGUGCCUGAACCGCCUGAUCCAGAUCGCAGCCAGGAAACGCCGCAACUACAUCCUGGACCAGACGAACGUGUACGGCUCAGCCCAGCGCAGGAAGAUGCGUCCCUUCGCGGGCUUCCAGCGCCGCGCCAUCGUGGUGUGCCCCACGGACCGCGAGCUGCGGCUGCGCACCGUGAAACGCACGGACGAGGAGGGCAAGGACGUGCCCGAGCACGCCGUGCUCGAGAUGAAGG